AUAACCCCACUAAACAUGUAUUAAGUAGCCACAUUUGCCCCACCAACGUUACUAUGUACAAGUACCUACCUGUAUUAACAGCUUCAAUGGAAAAAGCUCUAUCUGAUUUACAUCCCGGUUUUUAUAAGACAUCGUUGGUGCCUUGUAGACUGCACGUCGCAAUCUACGUACCUAGGUAGCUUUGCCGCCGUUUUCCCAUCAUUUUAUGGUACAAAGAUCUUGAGUGGGCAUAUUUGCUAAACCUUAGAAUUCUCGUAUAUUCUAAGGCUUCGUCUUUGUCGUCCUUACCUUAGGCACAGAAUCACCCCUCCAUUUCCGUCCUCUUUCCUAAACCGGCAACGUCGACGCUACCGAACGACCAGAUAUCCCAACUCCGCAUUUGAUCUCUUGAUCUCGACACUCUCCGAGCAUAAACAUCGUAACUACGCGCAUCGCCUAUAUCGAUACCUCGCCACGCGCGUCGCAUAUCGUGACCCUUCGCCAUGGCCGAUCUAGCUAGUCGCAUUAGCCAGCCUGCUCCGGCUGAGGGACAGGCCCAGCAGACCGAUGAUUCUAGGCUCCAAGAAAACAGUUACGAUGUUGAGGUCCAGCUCAGUGACCUUCAGGGAGACACAGAUAAUCCCCUAGGAUCUGCUCAUACUUUUGAGGAGCUUGGGCUUCCCGCAGAAGUUCUUAAGGGUCUUUCGGCGAUGCGCUUCCAGAAACCAUCCAAGGUUCAAGAAAAGGCCCUGCCCCUUAUGCUCGCCGAUCCUCCUCGGAAUAUGAUUGCUCAGUCUCAGUCUGGAACCGGCAAAACGGCAGCCUUUGUCACCACCGUACUAUCCCGCGUCGACCACACUAAGCCAUCUCAGCCUCAGGCUCUACUCCUUGCUCCCAGCCGUGAGCUUGCUCGUCAGAUUGAGUCGGUUAUUGGCCAUAUCGGCCAAUUCCUGCCCAACUUGGCUGUGGCAGCUGCUAUUCCCAGCUCCAUUCCCCGCGACGGACGCGUCGACAAGAGCAUUGUUGUUGGUACACCAGGGACCGUCAUGGAUCUAAUUCGAAGACGUCAAUUUGAUGUAUCCCAGUUGCGAGUCCUCGUUAUUGACGAGGCCGACAACAUGCUGGAUCAGCAAGGUCUAGGCGACCAAUGUAGCCGAGUUAAGAAGAUGCUACCUCAGAACAUCCAGAUCCUCUUAUUUUCUGCCACCUUCCCUGAAAAGGUUAUGAAAUACGCCAUGUCUUUUGCACCUAACGCAAACAUGAUCAAGCUGAAGGUGCAGGAGCUCACGGUCAAGGGAAUUUCACAGAUGUACAUGGAUUGUCCUUCGGAAUCGGAUAAAUACGACAUUCUCUGCAAGUUAUACGGUUUGAUGAACAUUGGUUCCUCUAUUAUUUUUGUUAAGACAAGAGAAAGCGCCACCCAGAUCCAGCAAAAAAUGACAAACGAUGGCCAUAAGGUAUCAGUCCUUCACGGUGCCUACGAAGGAAGUGCGAGAGACGCAUUAUUAGAGGAGUUCCGAACUGGAAAGUCCAAGGUCCUCAUUACUACCAACGUGCUUGCCCGUGGAAUAGAUGUAUCCACAGUCUCCAUGGUCAUUAAUUACGACAUUCCGAUGAAAGGGGUAGGAGAUAGCAUGCAUGACACGGAGACCUACCUCCACCGUAUUGGUAGGACUGGUCGUUUUGGCCGCGUUGGUGUCAGUAUUACUUUUAUCUCGGACAAGAAGAGCUUUGAUGCUCUCAAUGCUAUCGCGCACGAUCUCGAGAUCGACUUGGUCGCGUUGAAGCCCGACGACUGGGAUGAAACAGAAGCGCAGGUUCAGCGAGUAAUCAAGUCGAGCCGAGCUCAGGCAGAUUACGUUCCGAGCGGAGGAGCUGCUUAGGGGUCCCAGGAUUAAAUCGGAAUUGACCUACCAAGUAUGGAACGGGCCAUUUCCCCUCCAUUUUCGCGUGUUGAGUUAUGGAUGCGACCACAUCGAUAACAAGACGACUUCGGCGCAAACUACGCGGGCAUUUCACGAAGUUGUUGGUGUUGGUGUUGGUGAUGUUUUUCCAUUCUCUGGAGAUGCUCAAUAAAUAAUAAUCCUACACGAGAGGAUUGUAGUUGAUGAGAGAUGAUCAGAUACCUAUUCUCAAUAAAAAAAAAGUCAUUUAAUUUUCCUA